AGGACUUGCUUCCAGGAUGUAAUGAUCAAGAAGUUUAAGACAAAUAUAACAAGAGCAAGAGAGAAUAAGAGAGAAUUGGAGACUUAUGUACUUAGUUUGUCAGGUGGACCUUCAUCAAUGGUUAUGCUAGACCUCGUUGAUCAAUGUAUUGGCGAGAGUGUCAAGCGAGCGAGGAUGUUCUUCAAGGUCCAUGUCGUUCAUAUCGAUCAAUCAUGUCUUUGGAACACCACCAACAACAUUGGCGACGACAACUCAUCACAUCAUCGAUCAACAACAUUGAGGACACAAUUGACAGAGGCAUGCAAUCGAUACAAACUACCUCUCACUGUUGUACCACUCGAGAACAUCUAUGGCAGUGACUCAAACACAUCAGAUCAGCGAAGACAACGAUUGUUGGACACAUUCAAUCGACUGGAUGACAAUACUGCCAAGGAGGACUUGCUCGAUCACUUUAGGAAUCAACUUGUCUUUGAGACCACUCAACGACUUGGUUACAAUCGCGUACUUAAUGGAUCCAGCUCCAAUCGUUUGGCCAUCAGACUAUUGGCGUCAACAUCCAAAGGACGUGGACACAGUGUUCCAAACGAGACCAACUUGAUUGAUCAGUUUAGAAGUAUCAGCAUAUGCCAUCCAAUGAGAGACUUCUGGCUUAAGGAGGUCACAAUAUAUCAUCGAAGAAUGAAGCUCAUCGAUUAUACCAUCCCCUCCAAUCCAUUCCACAACAUCAAUCUUAACGCCAACAAGUGUUCAAUCAAUACUCUUUGCGAAAACUUCCUCAACACACUCCAGGACAUCUCAAGUCAGACCAUUCAUACAUUGCUCAGAUCAGUUGACAAGCUACAUUCACCAAUGGCACAAGAAUCAAUGUAUUGCUCAAUCUGCUCAAGUAGUUUAACAAAUGAUGACAUUAAGCAAUUGGAGUCCUCUGUCAUUUCUCCAACAUCGACUACAUCGACUACUACUACCACUACAACGACUACAUCGACUACAUCGACAUUAUCACAGGGAUGUGGAAAGGAUACAUGUUGCUCAUCAACGACGACAUCAAGUUGCUCAACUUCAUUGACAUCAUGCUGUUCAAGUUCAUUGGCUCCAACACCAACACCAUCAAUGUAUACUUUGUGCUAUAGUUGUAGACUGAUAGUUAGGAGCACAAAGAACAAACAAACACUGGAGUUACCAUCAUACGUUAACAACUACUCAAAGACAAUGAUGACUGAAAGCAGACUAAGAAAUGAGAUCAAGGACUUCCUACUCAAUGAUGACGAUGACAGCGAUGACGACCAAGACGAUCAUGUCAAG